UUUAUUUCGCACGGUUUUAAUUGUAAAUUUGCAAACAUUUUACGCAAACUAAGAAACAACUUAAGGCAGCGCAAGAACAAGUCACGCCAAAAGCAGCAGCAGCGGCAGCAGGAGCAGCAGGCGCAACAAGAAUCGGCAGACCGAGAUUCGGCGAGGAAAAGUCGCCUUCUGGCGGCCACGGACGCGGAAAUGGAGAGCAAUCUCAAUCGAAUGAUUAACCAGACGCUGCGCCAUCAGCUGAGUGGCCAGCUGAGCAAAUAUACGAAUGUGAUGAAGGGCUGGCAGUAUCGCUGGUUCACUGUGGACGCCAAGACGGGCUUCCUUAGCUACUACCUGUGCGACUCCUCUGCCGUUGGCGACGACAUUGCCCCCUCGCCCCAUGUCCUGGCGAGUGCCCCCCGCGGACAGGUUCAGCUGGCUGGCGCCGUGGUCUACCCCAGCGACGAGGACUCUCGCACGUUUUCCAUUGCCUGCGCCUCGGGGGACACGGUGAAGCUGCGGGCCAACGAUGCGCGGGCGCGUCAGGAAUGGGUGGACGGCCUCCGGGCCGUGGUUGAGAGCCACACGAAGGCCAUGGACAUCAGCAAUUCGUCGCCACUGCCGCCACGGGAGCUGCUGGCAGCCUCCGAUGCGAUGGUUUCGGCCCGUCAGGCGCUGUUCCUCACAGAGCAAUGCAAUGCCUCUUUGGCCAGGGCCAUUGAGAGCAUCGAUUGUGCUUCCUUUACGCCCACUGAUCCCGAUCUGCUGCUGCUCAAGGCCAUCUCCACAGCCAGCACUCAGUGCCUGCACCAGUGUUUGGGCCUCCUGCAGCGCCACCAGGAGAUGAAUCAGCUUUCGUCAGAGGCGCUGCCCAUUAUGCUCUAGGAGGAUGCGGUGUGAAGCCCGCUCUAGAGGAGGAGAAGCACCUGCCCUAGACAGGAGUGGACCCAACUCUAGGAGGAUGAGGCACCGCAUCCUUCAUCGCAUACACUAUUAUCCAGUAUUCCAAGUAUCUAAAAAGCAAUAAAGCAGCGUCGCCGAAUCGCAUUCGUGUGGAAUGCGUUCUUUUGGCAAGCAAAAAUGAGAAGACGA